AGGAAGUGUGUGUAGAGUUGGAGGGAGGAGCACAAAGCGGGACAUCAGGACAUGGAAAAUCUUUGAUAUAUGAAAGAAUGUUGCAAUUCCAAAAGAGGAACGCUUUCGAUGUGACAGGAACUCCCAACUUCACAAAAAAGGACAUCAGUUCCCUCUCAACAUGACUGACGUAUAAACAAAAGCAGCAACUUCUCUCAUCUUGUUGUGUACCGGUGCUCCUCACACACUCACCUUUUCCGCACGAUGGACCAACCUCUGCUGCAAGGAGAUUCAAACCAGCGCUCAGUUGUUUUUUUCCGAUUGCUCAAGAGAUGUCUGCCCAUACUGACCUGGUUACCUAAAUACAACAUCAAGUGUCUUCAGAUGGAUUUGCUUGCGGGCUUCACUGUUGGCCUGACAACUGUGCCACAAGUGCUGGCCUAUGCAGAAGUAGCAGGACUUCCUGUGCAGUAUGGACUCUAUUCUGCCUUCAUGGGUGGCUUUAUCUACGCACUUCUGGGGACAUCCAAAGACGUGACGCUUGGUCCCACAGCUAUCAUGUCACUCCUGUGUUUCUCGGUGGUGGGAGGUGAGCCACAGCGAGCGGUGCUGCUCAGCCUCCUGUGUGGAGUCAUUCAGGCUGGAACAGCUUUACUCAGAUUAGGAUUCCUCUUGGACUUUGUCUCCUUUCCUGUUAUUAAAGGCUUCACUUGUGCUGCAGCAAUAACUAUUGGCUUUGGCCAGGUGCAGAAUCUGUUGGGACUCAAGGAUAUUCCACACGAGUUCUUCCCACAGGUGUACUGCACCUUGUCCAGGAUCCCAGAGGCCCGCAUAGGUGAUGUAGUGCUCGGUGUGCUGUGUGUUGCUGUGCUGAUGAUGUUGAUGAUGAUGAUGAAGACAAGUGUGGGCAGUGAAGAUGCUCCCAGGUACUCUAGGAUCGCACAAACCUUUGUGUGGACUGUUGCCACAAUGCGUAAUGCCCUGGUGGUUGUGGCUGCAUCUCUCUGUGCAUUUUCAUGGGAAGCUUACGGUCACCACGUCUUCACCAUCACUGGUAAAACAGCACAGGGCCUACCAGCCUUCAAGCCGCCUCCCACUUCCGACACCUCAGCCAAUGGCACGGUGGUACCCUUUAAACAGCUUGUACAGGAUUUUGGAGGAGGUUUAGCUGUAAUUCCUUUCAUGGGUCUGCUGGAAAGCAUCGCUAUUGCUAAAGCAUUCGCCAGGAAGAACAAUUACAGGAUUGACGCUAACCAGGAACUGAUGGCCAUCGGUGUGACGAACAUCAUGGGCUCCUUUGUGUCCGCCUACCCUGUCACUGGCAGCUUUGGCAGGACUGCAGUGAAUUCUCAGACUGGUGUUUGUAGUCCAGCUGGAGGGAUUGUCACCAGUGUGAUAGUGUUGCUGUCCUUGGCAUUCCUCAUGCCAGCCUUCUACUACAUCCCUAAAGCUUGUUUGGCUGCUGUGAUCAUCUGUGCUGUGGCUCCAAUGCUGGAUUAUCAUGUUGUGGCUGACAUGUGGCGUAUACACAAACUCGAUCUCCUUCCCUUCAUUGUCACCUUCCUGAUGAGUUUGUGGCAGGUGCAGUAUGGAAUCAUGGGAGGUGUUGCUGUAUCUGCAGCACUGCUCAUGUACAGCAUGGCGAGACCACACACACAGAUGUCCGGUGAAGGUGUGCUGCUCAUCCAAUUGUCCAAUGGGCUAAGCUUUCCUGCUGCAGAACACCUGAGCUACAUCAUCCACACUAAAGCUUUGCAGGUGUCACCUGCUCGGUCUGUAGUACUGGACUGUCAUCAUGUCAGCAUGAUCGAUUACUCCGUCAUCCAUGAGCUCAGCGACCUGUUGAGGCACUUUAAAGUGCAACAUCUGCAUCUGAUCUUUUCUGGCUUGCAGCCACACAUUCUGGAGGUUCUUCUUGCUGCAAACUUGGAGGGUUUCAUAUUUGCAGACAGCGUGGAAGCUGCACUGCAGAUAUGAGAUGAUGCAUUAAUGAAUAGUCAACAAGAGACUGCUGAUACACACGGAGCUCAACUGAAGACACUUUGGUACUACAUUGGCUUCACUUAAUGUCCAUGCUGGUAUUUGUGAAACCAAGUGACACAAAGACAAAGUAUGAUUGUGCAGCUUACAUAACAUAAUAUAAUUAAUUUGUAUUCUGGACAAUGCACAUUAAUGAACAAUCUGAUUAUAGCAUCGUUGCUAAUUUACAUUUGUAGGCAUACCGUAUUUUUCGGACUACAAGGCGCACUUAAAAUCCUUUCAUUUCCUCAAAACUCGACAGUGCGCCUUAUAACCCGGUGCACCUAAUGUACGGAAUAAUUUUGGUUGUGCUUACCGACCUCAAAGUUAUUUUAUUUGGUACAUGGUGAAAUGAUUAGUGUGACCAGUAGAUGGCAGUCACACAUAAGAGAUACGUGUAGACUGCAAUAUGAUGGCAGUCACACAUAAGAGAUAUGUGUAGGCCGCAAUAUGACUCAAGUAAACAACACCAAAAUUGUAUAUGUUCCAUUGAAAAUAUAGAACAUUCCACACGGCACUCAAAAAUCUAUCAAAAUGUUUUAGUACAACUUUGGUAAGCUAUGAAGCCGCACCGCUUGAUGGAUUGUACUGUGCUUCAACAGAGGAGUAUUAUUAUGGUGUGUGUAUAAGGUAAGACAUAUUAUCUGGCGUUGUGUUUCACAAUAUUAAGCAAAAGCACUUUUCUUACCUUCUAGGUCUGCAUAAGUCCUGAAAAUUUGCGCGCAUCUGCCUUUGUAGUCCGUGGCGACACCGUAGUCAAUAAGCUCCUUUUUCUCUAUUUUCUUGUUAUGGGACAUCUAUCCUCUGCUGUUGCCAUUUGUAAUAUAAAGUAGUGUAAAGUUCUUACUUAUAUCUGUCAGUAAAAUCACCAUGGAAGCGCUAAAACAUGGCGGUGUAGUGAGUUUACAUUAUUCACCCAAGGAACUUUAGUUAUUAGAGAGUUCCGCUCGGACGUUUUUUCACGGGACACAUUUCCGGUGUUGUUGUUGCACUAGUGGGGCACGGAUGAGGAGAUGCUGCUUCGUUAUUGAUUUAAGUAAGUCUGAAUGUUAUUAAAACAGUUAGCUCCAUCUUUUGACACUUCUUCCACUUCUGUCCUUGCACGCUACACCGCUACAACAAAGAUGACGGAGAAAAGACGCUGCCGUAGGUGAGCCACGUAAAUAAGACUGCCCUCAAAACGGCGCACCCUGAAACGACUGUCAGAAAGCGGCUCGGCGAUGAUCUGUAAAACAUAAUCUAUGCAACAUUUUGACCAAAGAACCAUACAUGUUGUGUAGACCACAAGCAAGUGUUAUUAAUUAAGAAAAAAUGAAUAAUAAUAUUACCCCUUUAAUGCACUUUAUAAUCCGGUGCACCUUUUGUAUGAAAAUAGACCUGAAUAGACCCGUUCAUCGGCAAUGCGCCUUAUAAUCCGUACGCCCUAUGGUCUGGAAAAUACGGUAUAUUGCAGGACAAUAUGAAAAUAUCAUGUUAAAAACACAUAGGCCCUGAUUUACUAAAGGUUUGCGUGUACUAAAACAUGUGCAAACUUGACAGCACAGGCAAAGCAAAUCUACUAAACGUGUGCAAAGUCGAUUGGGUCUGUAAAGUCAGCAGAAUAAGGCGUGCAAUAUUCUUCAUUAAUAUGCAAAAUAUGCUGAUCAUCAAAACACCUACAAUACUAGGAGGAGAAGAUGCAAAUAUAAUUAUUCAGCACACUACGUGAUUCAUCAACACUCAUUACUGUUUUGCGACCACUAUUUUGAGUUUAUUUAGCAUAAGUUGUUGUAACAGGCACAUCCAUAACAUGUAAUAUUUACAUUUUAAAUCAUACGGUAGCGCAUUUAUUUUACAAAGCACAUUGCAACUUUCAAUAUUUCCUUCAACAAUAACAUGACUAAUCAUGCUGACUUCAUGAGAGCCUGCGACUACUUUGGGAGAAAUGAUGAUCCAGAACCUUAUAUUUUUUAGCCUAAUCAUAAAGAGGGUGAGCUACAAGUUUUAGAAGCUGUGUGAUCCAGCUUUAGUGAAACACUACUGUUUUAAACAAACACAAAAAACAAUCUCGUACUGUACAAUGUCUGUUCUCACUGGGAUUAGGGCUGGGCGAUAUGGCCUUUUAUUAAUAUCUCGAUAUUUUUAGGCCAUGUCACGAUACACGAUAUAUAUCUCAAUAUUUUGCCUUAGCCUUGAAUGAACACUUGAUGCAUAUAAUCACAGCAGUAUGAUGAUUCUAUGUGUCUACAUUAAAACAUUCUUGUUCAUACUGCAUUAAUAUAUGCUACUUUUAAACUUUCACACAGAGAGGGAAAUCACAACUAAGUCAAUUUACCAAAACUGUAUUUAUUAAACAGUAAUUAAGCAGUGGCACAAACAUUAAUGUCAUUUCCAAAACAGAAAGUGCAAGAUUGUCAAAUACAUUUUAAAACUAAGCUAUUAGUGCACUUUUGUGAAUGAUGUCACUAAGAUGACAUAUCAAAACAACACUAAAUUAAAGUGUAGUUUUUGUACAGAACGCCACUACAAUAAUUAAAAACAAAUAAAGUGCACUUUUGUGCAUGAUGUCACACAAGAUAUUUCAAUAACUGUCAAAUAAAAAUGAGCUGCAUAAUAGGUUCCUGCGGACGUGAUCUCCUUCAGUUGUUGACUUUUUUUUUUCAUACUGUGUGUCAUGUCUGUGUUGAUCAUGUUUUUGUUUGGCCAUGUGCUGUCUGGUUUUGGACUCUUUUUAGUUCCUGCUUUUCACUCCCUUGUCUUUUCCAUGGUUACCCAUUAGUUUCACCUGUUCCACGUUUGGACUCAUUGUGCACUCUUGUUUUGUCACCAUAGCAACCAAUAGUUUUCACCUGUCACGUCACGCACCUGUUUCACGUUUUGAGUCACGCACCUGUUUUCACUAAUCAUGUCUGUAGUAUUUAAGUUCAUUGUUUUCAGUUUGUCUUUCUGGCGACAUCAUACUCCUGACACACUCUCCACACACCCUUAUGACCCUUGCUGCGCUUUUUCAUGCCGUUUUCUCGUCCAAGUAAGUUUUCUUUAUUCAUGCCAUAGUUUGCAAGUUUUGUUUCAUUGUUCAUAGUUUCUGCCGUUGUGCAAGUUUUGUGUUUAUUGUCAAGUUUUGUACUUCCGCCCUUGUGCGCACCUUUUGUUUGCUUCUUUUUUUGUAGUUAUAGUGUUAAAAUAAAUCAUGUACUCCCCUUCACGCCACGUAUGGUCCAAAUCAUUUGCACCACGGGAGAACAAAUCACGCCAUAGUUCGAGUCUUGACAGAUGUUGCCAGCAAAAAAGUUCUCCCGCAAGACAUUUGGAUAUUUUUGAUGAGGCUUCUUGGGCGGUCCUGCGCGCGAUGGAAGAGGAAACUCUGCGCUACUCCUCCGUGGAGUACAGAGACUCCAUUUGGUCCCAGGACUGCGGGGACGCAGCGCAGUUCCAGAAGCGCCGCUCCCGAUGAAGGAAGUCAGGAAGAACAUCCGCGAGCCGGCAGGACACGCCGCUCCCACAAGCCCCUCCCCCUCCGGGCGGAAGCAAGCAGCAGCCAGCCCGGCUUCGCCCUGAUGACGUCAAAGACCAGGAUUUUUUUUUUCUGAAUUCUUUUUCUUUUGAUUCCCCGCCCCCCAGGACUCAAGCCACGCCCAUGUCACAACAUUUUUUUUUCUCACCCACAAAGUCCCAAGUAGAAGAAAAUAGACUUUUUGGACAAUUUAAAGGGGAAGUUUCUGCCCCCCUCCUGACUUCCCUCCACCCACCCCUAAAGAGAGUUCCAGACCGCAGGGAGCGCGUCUGGUAUCCGCCCCUUGAGGGGAGGGGGGGCUGGGGCCGGGAGCUGUGCUGGUGGGGUGGCUCAGCAUCACCAUGCUAAGCCGCAACCUCCGGUUCGGCCACCACCACCGGUCUUUCAGCCUGCCAAGCCGCAACCCCCAGCUAGGCCACCUCCACCUGCACCAAAGCUAGCACCUAUCGCUGCACCACGGCUAGCACCUGUCGCUGCACCACGGCUAGCACCUGUUGCCGCACCAAGGCUAUUACCUGUCGCCCCACCAAGGCUAGCACCAGCUUCACCACGCCAAGACCCACCACGCCAAGCUCCGGUACCAGCUCCACGACGCCAAGCUCCAGUGCUGCCUGUCGCAGCUCGACGCCAAGUUCCGCCAGUCGCAGCUCGACGCCAAGUGCCGCCAGUCGCAGCUUGACGCCAAGUGGCGCCAGUCGCAGUUCGACGCCAAGUGCCACCAGUCGCAGCUCCACGCCAAGUGCCGCCAGUCGCAGCUCGACGCCAAGUGCCGCCAGUCGCAGCUCCACGCCAAGUGCCACCAGUCGCAGCUCCACGCCAAGUGCCGCCAGUCGUAGCUCCCCGACGCCAAGACCCAAACCAAGACCAAGACCCCCCAUGCCAAGACCAAGACCAAGACCAAGACCCGCCAUGCCAAGACCAAGACCAAGACCCGCCAUGCCAAGACCAAGACCAAGACCCGCCAUGCCAAGACCAAGACCAAGACCCACGCCAAGACCAAGACCCACGCCAAGACCAAGACCCGACACGCCGAGCUUCGCCGCCUGACGCGCCACGCCGAGCUUCGCCGCCUGACGCGCCACGCCGAGCUUCGCCGCCUGACGCGCCACGCCGAGCUUCGCCGCCUGACGCGCCACGCCGAGCUUCGCCGCCUGACGUGCCACGCCGAGCUUCGCCACCUGACGCACCACGCCGAGCUUCGCUACCUGCUUCAUCUGCAGCUUCCACGCCUGCCACGAUGACGACGCGCCUGCCUCCUCGGUGGCCACGGAUAUGACCGCUACCUGGUCGCCCGCCACGCCAAGUGCGCCCACCUCCCAGUCGGCCACAAAUGUGGCCAUUCCCUGGGCGUCCGCCUCGCCUGCUGCAGCGGCGUUCCACCGCCAUGUCCCCCUCCCGCCCUCCCAUGACUCUUGUUAAUUUUUUUGUUUUUGGACAUCUGGGAUCUGUCCGUAAGGGGGGGUUCCUGUCAUGUAUGUGUUGAUCAUGUUUUUGUUUGGCCAUGUGCUGUCUGGUUUUGGACUCUUUUUAGUUCCUGCUUUUCACUCCCUUGUCUUUUCCAUGGUUACCCAUUAGUUUCACCUGUUCCACAUUUGGACUCAUUGUGCACUCUUGUUUUGUCACCAUAGCAACCAUUAGUUUUCACCUGUCAUGUCACGCACCUGCUUCACGUUUUGAGUCACGCACCUGUUUUCACUAAUCAUGUCUGUAGUGUUUAAGUUAAUUGUUUUCAGUUUGUCUUUCAGAAUCAGAAUCAGAAUCAGAAUCAGAAUCAGCUUUAUUGUCAUUACGCAAGGUAACGAGAUUGAGGCCAUUCCAUACAGUGCGAUGUGUGCAUGCUAGAAAAAACAAAAAACAAAAAAAACAAUGUGCAAAUAUAUAAAAAUAUAAAAAAUGUAGAAGUGCAAUGAAUAUGGUGUGAAAUUAAUAUAUACAUGAAAAAACAAAACAAAAACAGGGUGGUUGGUGGAAUGGGUUAUUGCACCGAAGAGAAGGCAGUUAUGAGGGACAAUGGGGCAGUCCGUUCAGGAUGGUUAUGGCCCUGGGGAAGAAGCUGUUCUUUAGCCUGUUUGUUUUGGUUUUAAUGCACCUGUAGCGCUUCUCAGAGGGCAGCAGGUGGAACAGGUCAGAGCCAGGGUGGGUGCUGUCCUUGAUGAUGGCACUGGCUCUGUUGAGGCAGCGGGAGGUGUAGAUGUCCGUCAGAGAGGGGAGAGGGCGGCCGAUGAUCUUCUGAGCCGUCUUGACCACUCUUUGCAGCCUCUCCCUGUCUGCUGCAGUGCAGCUGCCGUACCAUACCGUAAUACAGUAGGUCAGCAGGCUCUCGAUGGACGAGCGGUAGAAGGUCAGCAGCAGGUCAGGCUUCAGGUUGUACUUCCCGAGGACUCUAAGGAAGUGUAGCCGCUGCUGAGCCUUCUUGAUGAUUGAUGUGGUGUUGACUGUCCAGGAGAAGUCAUUAGAGAUGUGGACUCCAAGGUACCUGAAGGUGUGGACCCUCUCUACACGCUCGCCGUUGAUGUAGAGGGGGGCAGGGUCGGUGCUGCUCCUCCUGAAGUCGACGAUGAUCUCUCUGGUCUUGCUGGUGUUGAGAGCGAGGUUGUUCUCCGAAGACCAGGCCGUCAG